AUGGCCAAAGAGAAGACAACGCUGCUCACUACAGCAACGAUCCAUCGUGAGGACUCGCUACGUAGUCGUCGCCACUUGCUACUGGCAAUCGCAGGGAUGGUAGCGACGCCUGUGCUUCUUCUCGCAAUGACCUUCAGCUGGAAGGUGACUGCACCACCUGCUCCCAUCUCUACAAACCUUGAGAAGCAUCAGCUACUGACGUUCGACGUCGAUAUCGUGCCGACUAAUCUGCUAGCGCAGUGUAAUGAGAAGUUCUUCACACAGACACUAGACCACUUCGACGUCGGAGCGCCAACUUACCAGCAACGAUACUUCGUCUGUGACAACCACUUCAAACCCGGAGGCGUCAUGUUCUUCUAUGUGGGCAAUGAGGCCGACGUCGAGCUGUACUUGAACCACACAGGCCUCAUGUGGGAGAACGCCGACGAGUUUGGUGCCAUGCUCGUGUUCGCAGAGCAUCGGUACUUUGGCAAGUCGGUACCGUUUGGCAAGGCCGUGACGAAGCACAUGAAAUAUCUGUCGACGGAGCAGGCGCUGGCAGACUACGCAGUGUUGAUCACGUACUUGAAGACUGAGUGGAAGCUUGAUAUCCCUGUAAUUGGGUUCGGUGGCUCGUACGGCGGCAUGUUGGGGUCUUGGUUCCGCAUGAAAUAUCCUCAUAUCAUUGACGGUGUUAUUGCGGGAUCAGCUCCAAUCCUUUCAUUUCUCGGAGACGAAGUUCCGUUGGAUAAAGGAUCGUUUGAAUGUAUCGUGACGUUCGAUGCGUCCGAGGAAGCAGGCUCUGCUCCUAACUGUGCAUCAAACAUUCGUCGGACGUGGCCAGCCAUGAAGAAGCUUGGGGAGACCGAGAAGGGUCGAAAGCAGCUGAAAAGGGCUCUUUCACUUUGUGACUCUGUGAAAGUGGAGUCUCAGAAGGAUGUGGAUAAAGUCAUGGACUGGGCCAAGUCAGCAUUUGACUACAUGGCCAUGGGAAACUAUCCGUACCCGUCUUCGUACAUCAUGAACGGUGUUAGUGUACUGCCCGCGUACCCUGUUCGCGUAGCGUGCUCCUUUAUCGCCGACGAUUUCGCUUUAGAUGACGAGGUGGGUCUCUUAUCCGCUUUCGCAAAGUCACUGGGCGUUUAUUACAACAGCACCAAGGACCAAGAAUGCUACGCGCUAAGCGCCUCAUCCAACGAGUCUGCCCUGGACUCGGACUUUUGGGACUACAUCUUCUGCUCCGAGAUUUACCAGCCCCAGAACGUUGACGGCGUGAACGACAUGUUCUGGCCUGUUCCGUGGAAUUUCACUGCUGACAAUGAAAACUGCAAGUCCGAGUGGGGGAUCGAUAUUCGUCCGCUUUGGGCCACGACACAGUAUGGUGGUCGUAAGGCACUCAAGGCGGCAAGCAACAUCGUUUUCAGCAACGGGAACUACGAUCCGUGGUCGGGCACGGGAGUGCUACAGAAUUACUCGGACUCAGUUGUCGCUCUUUCCGUUGAAGGUGGCGCCCACCACCUCGAUCUGAUGUUUAGCAACAAGCUUGACACUCCGUCAGUUCUGGCCGUGCGUGAGGCUGAAAAGCAGCAUAUGCACAAGUGGGCUCGAGAGUUUUACGACCGCAAGGCUGCCAUCGCCAGAGAGUGA